CCAGUGUAGUUGUGCACGGCAAUCCAGUGGGCCUCCUCUAUAAUUUUGUCCCCGCGUACCACAAACUGACAGAACCGCCCGCAUGUGCUUUAUCCUAGAUUCUGAAUAAUUAAUUGAAAUUGUGGGGGGUAAAAUGACGGGGAAAAACUGACGAAUGAGGAUAUCACAUUGAAGGUCAGACUGGCCAGUUGACAAAGAGCACUGACAACCGUUGACAAGUGAUCAGAGAAAGUCAAAAUUCAUGAAUUCCUGUGAUCAGUGAAUGUUGAGGAUUGAUGCAUCCAACUCGAGGCAGUGAUUUAUCCCGUGAUGACGCGGAUGGGGGAUUGUAACUGUGGAAAGUCGUAGCGUCGUGUGUUGAGAUUGUUCGGCUAGUCGUUGACACAAGACUGCGACGUGUACCGGUGCUUUUAGGAUUAUAUAAAUAAAAUAAUAGGUGGGAGAUAAAUUGAGGGGAGUAAUAAAUUCAGAAGUGUUGUGACGAUUUCGUUUUUCCCUCCCGAAAGUUAACUUGUGUGACGUGACGUAUUCGCAGCGCUAUGUCACGCUAAUGCCGAAGUUUACUUUUUUUCUUCGUUAUUCAGUUGUUGAUGAACGUUUCAGACGAUUCACUGGGGUAGUUUGGUGAAGGAGAAGUUUUUUACUAGGGGGUUAUAUUAUAUUCACUGUUCGACGGUUUAAGUGAGACUUGAGACAGUAUUCAUAAUGGGUUGCUUCGGUAGCAAAGACAAACUGAGUAAGGAGGACAUGGACUUCCUGAAGUCGCACACGAGAUACGACGAGGCGACCAUCAAAGAGUGGUACAAAGGAUUCAAACAAGACUGUCCCAACGGUAGGCUGACGCCCGCCAAAUUCGUCGACAUGUACAAAAUGUUUUUCCCGUCCGGUAAUGCUGAAGAAUUCUGCGACCACGUCUUCCGGACAUUUGACAUGGACAAGAAUGGAUACAUCGACUUUAAGGAAUUUCUGCUGGCAAUAGACGUGACGUCUAGUGGUACGCCUGAGGAGAAACUAAAAUGGGCAUUCCGCAUGUACGAUGUGGAUGGCAAUGGUGUUAUUGACAUUCAGGAAAUGACCAAGAUCGUUCAGGCAAUAUACGACAUGUUGGGUGCUUGCUCGAGUAAUAGGCCGGCAGACAGUGCCGAGGAGCGAGCGAAAAAUAUAUUCGCCAAGAUGGACGAGAACAACGACGGCCAACUGACACAGGAUGAAUUCCUCAAGGGUUGCCUGCAGGACGAGGAGCUCUCCAAAAUGCUGGCACCUUAAUUCAACACCAAACACAAUCCACCCAUACCAGGAUAAUCACAACAGCAAGAUAAUUAAUUCAGAAAUCUCGUUCAUUGUUCAUUGAUCGUCUCCAGGGGUGGGGGGGUAUUAAUUACCAAUGACAAAAGUUAUUUAAAUGAUGAAACUGAGUUUAAAUGUCACGAAUGCUGAGCAUUUGGCAAUUUAAAGCCACCGAUCGAUGACAUACAGGUCUGAAUUAAUCGUUGUGUGAUGCUCGGUGACCAAGAGGCGAGAACUCUAAGGGGCGACC